AUUUCGGGUGACGUUUCCGAACGCAGCCGAAGUUAACCGGUAUUGAUAAUCGGCCUGUUUGAAAUUUAACGUCUUUCUGUAUAUACCGUACGGUAUCAACAGCUGCGAGGCCUGCGAGUUUGGCGGGAUUGCUGGGAGUCUUUUGUGGUCUUUUGUAUGUGCGUCCAUGAUAUCGUGUGAUGUGAGAGCUCUGUAAAAUUUUCUCAGAACACAUUCCAUGUGGUAGGUCUCCUAGGUGUUGAGAAAUCGCAUUAAAAAUGUGUGACGAUACUGUUCGUGUUGCUCUACGUAUCCGUCCAUUAGUAGAAAACGAGAUAGAAAAAGGAUGUCAAAUGUGCUUAGAUGCUAUAUCUGGAGAACAAGUUCGCAUAUGCAAUACUGACAAAGCGUUCACGUACAAUUAUGUAUUUCCUCCUCACAUUGGACAGGAAGAUUUUUAUAAUACAGCGAUUAAACGACUCGUAGAUAAUAUUUUUCAAGGCUAUAAUGUUACAAUAUUGGCAUAUGGUCAGACUGGAAGUGGCAAAACCCAUUCCAUGGGUACUAAUUAUACAGGUGUGGGAGAGAAGGGUAUUAUACCAAGAGUUAUAUAUGAUAUAUUUGAAAUAAUUAAAUCCAAGGAAGAUUGGAGCUUUAAAGUUGCAGUCUCAUUUAUGGAAUUGUAUCAGGAACAAUUGUAUGACCUUUUAUCUGACAAGCAGAAAAGUCAAUCCAUCGUAGAUAUCAGAGAGGAUGGUAAAAGCAUAAAAAUUGUCGGUGUGACCGAGAAACAGGUUAAAGAUGCUCAAGAGACCUUAGAGUUCUUAGCCCAAGGUUCUAUAGGUCGCGUUACAGGCGCGACUGCAAUGAACGCGCAUAGUAGUCGUAGUCAUGCAAUAUUUACGUUAUGUAUACGCCAGCAAAAGAGAGAUGAUCCGAAUACAGCAACAGUGGCAAAAUUUCAUCUGGUUGAUUUAGCGGGGUCCGAACGUAGUAAAAAAACUCAAGCCACUGGAGAACGGUUUAAGGAAGGUGUGAAUAUAAACAAGGGAUUAUUGGCUUUGGGCAAUGUUAUUUCGCAACUCGGUGAUGGUGCCUCUGGACUUACUUAUAUCGGAUAUAGAGACAGUAAACUUACGAGAUUGUUGCAAGAUUCCUUAGGUGGUAACUCCAUGACUCUUAUGGUCGCCUGCGUCAGUCCUGCUGACUAUAACUUGGACGAAACUCUUAGUACGUUGAGAUAUGCGGAUCGCGCGCGCAAGAUCAAGAAUAAACCAAUUGUGAAUCAAGAUCCGAAAGUAGCAGAAAUCAAUCGGUUGAACAAAUUAGUUCAAGAACUGCGGAUGGCUCUUAUGAAUCAGGAACUGGGCAUAACAUGUCCUAAGGAACACGAGGCACUCGAGGAGAAAUACAGCGUGUUACAGCAAAAGUUUCGUGAUAUGACUGAAAAAUUGAAUUCAAAUUUAGGAGAAAUCGUAGUUAUGCACGAACGAGCGGAGAUGGCCGAACAAGCUCGGGAAAAAAUCCGAUUUGCUAUGUCGUUAUUGCUCGAUGAAUUCAAACAAAUCGUACAAGAUUUUGAUUCUUGUCCUGAAAUCGACGAUGAGAAGCGUAAUAAAUUGAAAGCGAUAUACAAAAGAAUGUUGGAUAUCCAAAGUAAUGAAAGGAAAGCAUCUGAGGAACUUAUAAAUCAUGAAAUAUCCAACUCCAAACAUUGUAUCACGCACACGGAAAAUUUAGUAGAAUGUGUACGUGCAGAGGAAUUGAACGACGUCGAAGACAGUUUGGAUUAUUUUGAUAAAAAGGAAGAGGAACAUACAUUGCGGCAAGCGGAGCGAAAUAACGAGGUACAAAUUAUUAAUAAGGAGCUGGCACUCAAAGAAAGCCUCGUAUCGGAACUCUUGAAAAAUAUCACGCAACAAACCGCUGAAAGUCAUAAGAAUGUCGUAGAGAUGGAACAAGAAAUCAAACGGCUACAUGCGGAAAAAGAGGAACAUUUACAAGCAGUGCGUACACAUGACAUCAGCUCCAAAUUGGCUGAGAAGCGUCGUAAACAAGUACAAGAAUUGGAAAAAAAGAUAGCGGAAUUGACGCGCAGAUGCACAGAACAGAACAAGAUAAUCAAGACAAAAGAGAAACAAGAUCAUAGAAUUAAGACUCUCGCCAGUGAGAUACAAUCACUAAAAGAAACUCGAGUCAAGUUAAUCAGACAGAUGCGCACUGAUGCAAAUAAUUUUACAAAGUGGAAACAAUCCAAGGAAAAGGAAAUUAAUAAAUUAAGAACGCAGGAUCGUAAACGUGCUUACGAAAUGGUACGAAUGAAAAUAGAACAUAAUAAACAGGAGAAUGUUUUUAAGAGAAAAAUGGAGGAGGCUUUUGCAGUUAACAAAAGACUAAAGGGUGCAUUGGAGAUGCAGAAGAAGGCGAUGCAACGACAAGAAAGAAAGGCCAAUAGCAAAGAAGAGAUAAAAACUUGGAUAGCGCAAGAAUUGGAAAUAUUAAUGGCUACCGUAGAGGCGGAUUAUUCUCUUGAAAAACUAAUGCAAGAUAGAGCCUCCUUGGUACAUCAAUUGGAGCAAUUUAAAGAAAACAGCGAUCCGGAUGAGAAGGAACUUCUGACUAUUACCGAAUUCAUAGAAUUACGUAACAUGCAAAUUGCAGAUCUGCAACAAAAGAUACUGGAGUCAGAUCAGGAAACAAGAGCAAGUACUAGGUGGAAUAUGAUACGUACAAUAACUGAUGCAAAGAUAGCAUUUGAAACGGCAUUUCAUAUAGUUACACAAGACAGGAAGCAACAAUGUUACAAAUAUAACGAAUUGAAAGAAAAGUGUCAGAAUUUAGAAGCGCAACUAGAAGAAUAUACAAAACAGGAGACAGUAAAUAAAAUAUCUUGUCCGCAAGACAUAUCUGACACAUCUAGCAAUACUGAAAAAUCUUUGACAAAAUCUAUAAAAACACAGGUUUUGACAGAGAAUUUGAAUGAAAAUAAAAAAUCAUCGUCUAAGAAAAGAAAGGCGGAAAGUAAAAUAGAAGAAAUAAUCGACGAGAAUGCUUACCUAUCGCAUGAUGAUAGUUCAAUAAUGGAGGACAAUGUCGACAAAGAUCCAGACUGGAAAAAGACACCACUUUAUAGUCGCAUACAAAAGUUACAGAAUAAAUCGAAACUCUCGAUUCAACGAUUGACCUUUAAUAUAGACCCUAAUGAGAGCCUGAUAAAAUGUGCUUGUAAAACGAAAUGUGUUACGCGGAUAUGUACGUGUCGUAAGAAUAACGUAACUUGCAACAAUUGUAGCUGUGAUUCAGAACAAUGUCAGAAUAGAAACGAAGAGAAUUUGCGUACUACACUGUUUUCAGAUGUUGCAACAUCAGAUGAAGCGAGAUACGAUUAGAGAAAAGACAAAUUAUUUUUUUUUUCAAUUAUGCAUAAAAAGUUACAUUUACUUCAUGAUAUCGUAUUCAAUCGAAAUAUUGUAUGUACAUAUUCCAAUUUUUCGUAUCGCUUUAUUAUAGAUAUUUAUUUUGGCUUUUUAUAUUUUGGCAUAAACAUGAUAAUUACAGAUUAAUUGUAUAGGAAGGAUAAUUUGUUUACAUUUUAUAUUUCGUACAAUUGACAUCGACCACUUGGAAUUCUUAGAAAUUGUAAUACUGCAUAUAUGUAAACAAUAUUCAGUUAUUAAUCUUAUAAUCGAAAGUGUUUCGAGAUCGUCAAAAAUUUAUGUAAAAUACGCGAACAAAUCAAAAGGGCAGUAUAGCGUCAUAAGGAAAUUUGCUUACAUUUUUAUCGAUCUGACUGACCAAAAUGAUAUGUUACUGACAGAGUGAAAAAAUAUUAAAAUAUGAGCAAGUCAAAACGGUGCUAUAGCGCCAUGAGGAAUUGAGAGGGAGAGAGAGA